AAAAAUUCUCUGCGACUCUAUCAGAAAAACGAACCAAACCGAAGCAAAGGGGAAUAAAUAUUAAGGGUACUAUCGUCCUUUUACACAGUCGAAAGCCCAAAACCCUUUUCUUCAGUCUUCCUUCCACCUGCAUUGGUUUCUUCUGCAUUUUCCCCUUAAAAUCAAUUCUCGCCGGAGAGCCCCCGUCGACCUGUGUUUGAGAAGAGGAUGUUGAAGUUCCUAUCAAAAGUAAAGAUCGAGUUCAACACAUUGGACCCAAGACUCGCCUCCUGCGUCGAGUUCUUGGCUCAGUGCAACGCGAGGAAGGCCAAAGAGUCCAACCCUAACUGUCAGGUUCUGGUGAAACGCAGAACCGACGAUCAGCCACCGCAGAUCAGUGUCACUUUCGUCAAUGGUGUCGAGGAAGCUUUCGAUGCGGCUGCCACGUCGGCUCAGUCGAUCAGGAAGAUGAUUCUUGAUAAAGGGCAGUAUCUCGAGACGGAGCAGAUGUUCCGUGAAGCCGGGGAGCAGUGGCCUGUCAUCAUCCCUGAGGAGGAGAUUCACCAAGAAGCUCCUGGUGUUAAGCCGAGGAAAGCAGAAGACAAGAAGCAAUGAUAUGCUUGCUCGCUUGAUUUGGGUUUACUCUUGUUCAGUUUUGGGUAUGUAUAACUCUUGAUAUGUGUCUCAAGCUUUGGGUUUCAGGUUGGGACAUAUAGAUUUGUAUUGUUUCUUUCUUGAUGUCAACUUUUGAUCAGAAACCAUGAAGUUUAAUUCAUGUCUUCAUUUUCUCAAUAAGAAGCUGGUGAGGCUUGUUUUGCAA